AUGGAAAAAAACGUUUUAUUCUAUGCGUUUCGUGUAUCUCUCUAUUAAUUGCACAUUUAAUUGCAGUUAAAAACGCACAAAUAGCUCUCAAUAAGCAAAUUUAUUUGGCAGUUGCUUGCACGUGUUGCUGCCUAACCAGCGCUGCUGUCAAUACAGCGAAGCCAUACUUAAGUGGAGCGUUGCGCCAACGGUCCACAUCAGUAGUGGUUGAUCCUCCCUUUGAACAGCAUUGGUUCGUCUCUGAUACAGCAACGAUGGAGAAGUGGGUUGGCAAGAUAGCGCUGGUAACGGGCGCCAGCUCGGGCAUCGGACAGGAUGUGGCGCUUACGCUAGCGGACGCGGGCAUGAUCGUGGUAGGGAUAGCGCGCCGCGCCGAGCUCGUCACGCUGCUCUCCACCAAGGUGACCGGCGGCGGUAAGAUUUACGCCAAAAAGUGUGAUGUGAGCAACGAGGGAGAAAUAAUGGAAACGCUCAACUGGAUCCGCCGCGAGUUCGGUGGCGUUGAUGUGCUGAUCAAUAAUGCAGGCAUUUAUCGCUAUCAAUUUAUCACGCAGAGUGAAACGUCCGAUUUUCGCGACACCUUCAACGUGAAUGUGCUGGCGACGUGCAUUUUCAUUCGCGAAGUGGUAAAGGACAUGCAGGCAAGGGAAGCGUACGGUCACAUCGUGGUGCUGAACAGCUUGCUGGGCAAACGCGUCCCGGACGUAUCGGUGCCCGUGUUCGGCGUGUAUCCGGCAUCCAAGUUUGCGCUCGUUGGGAUGACGGAAGUGUUGCGGCAAGAGUUAAACUUCCUCAAAUUGCCCAUCAAAGUUACGAGCAUUCAUCCUGGCAUGGUGCAGACGGACAUGAUCAAGGUGUUCGAGUCGAAGCUAGCGGAACGGCUACCAAAGCUCCAGGUGACGGACAUUACCGCCAGCAUCGUGCAUUGCCUUGCAACACCCCCCGAAGUUCGUGUAAGUAUAGUCGCUUGCGGUUACGCAUCAAUGAAUCGUCAAUGUAUACGCAACAGGCUAUCGGAUUACUCUGGAUUGACGGGGUUCGAACGCUGUGGUUUGAUGGCUUGAAUCGAGCAUCAAAAACCGGCUGUGUUAUUCUAUACUGCGACGAGGUUAACUUGGGUUCGGUUUAAUUUCUUGUUUCAGAUCGAUGAGCUGACCAUUAUGCCAACGAUGCAGUAAAAGGCCGUGGCCGCCAGCUAAAGGUAUCCGUUCAUUUUUUGUUACACACAAACGCAGAAUUCAAUAAAAUAUAUGUUUGGAAUUGUUGCUUUGAGUUGAUGCAUCUGUCGAGCUAUGUCGGGUUCGGUUCAUUGGAAUGUGGUUCCAAUUUGUACUAAUUGACAGCAAUCAAUCCAGUCAAAUGGGGAUAAGGAAAUGUUUCGUUAAUCCAGCGCACAAAUUCAAUUAGCGUGACCUCAGGGUGCAAUCUAUCUAUAAAACUUGGAUGGCAUUUACUCUUCGCGGAUUGGGACACUUCUAAACCAAAUCGUUAAAGUAAAACACAUUUCAACAAGAAUUGUAAAACGUAAUAGUGUCUCUGUUUUGCUUGCCUGCUCCAUAAACCAUUUCCCUUAAUAACGGACACGUUUCGAGGCCGGUUGUAUCAGCAUAAUCCAAAUUGAAUGAUAGUUGUACGUACGAUAAAAGCACUGUGCCACACAUCCUCUGAACUAAAUGAUGAAUAACAACAUUCUGCAUUCGGUAGCAGGGAUAACAAGAAAAAAUGUGCCAAAAAGGUUGCACUGGUGCACUUCAACCACAACGCUGCAGAACGUAUUGCAGAACGUUGCAUAGGAGGAUUCAUUUUAGGGUAGGUAAGUUGCCAACGCUACUUUCGUUCUGGGGGUGGGUGUUUUUUUUUCUUUUUCGUCAUGUUCUUCGAUUCCGCUGCCGAGAGCGAAACAGAUCCACCACCAGCUGCACUCGGAUGCAACAGUGCAACCGGAAAUAAUGGUCAUGUUCUUGCGCGCUCGUGGAGGUUCGGUGUUCAUCUAGAUCGAAAUGCUCGCUCGGUCGGUCGGUCGGUCGGUCGGUAUCUUCUGCUCCCGGGAGGAUUUUAUGGAGCAGAAGAGGACGAUAGGUAUUUUAUUAAAAGAAUUAUAUCAACGAGCAGGUUGCAACACGCUGCACUUGUGCACUGUGUGUUGCACUAAUGCACCACACACCGCAAUGCAAUCGAAUAUGUACGCGAUGUACAUCGAGGCUGGAUGCAAACACGAUGCGCUGUGGAUUAGGUACAGGAAAAUGGCACGUUUUGAAAGUUGGAGUAAUGGUUUCGUGAUAUGCGAAAGAUGUAAUAGUAUAGACUGGAUGCUGUAGCG